CCUAGGGCCCGCCUCGGUAAAAGACUGCCGGGCGCAUGCGGUCGGGGUGCUUCACUGGCUGCCGGGGCCACCGUGUGCAUCUCCUUCCUAACUCCUUAGCUGACAGGAGGAUUUGAAGCGGACCUCAGGUUUGUUGACCAAACGAUGUUUUGGGGGCCUCUGAAGCUGUGGGCCAGAGAGAAAUUCUCCCUGGUCAGAAAGGAAAAUGAAGUACAUUCUGGUUACUGGUGGUGUUAUAUCAGGAAUUGGAAAAGGGAUCAUUGCCAGCAGUGUGGGCACAAUCCUGAAGUCAUGUGGUUUACACGUCACUUCGAUUAAAAUCGACCCGUACAUUAACAUUGACGCAGGAACAUUCUCUCCUUAUGAGCAUGGUGAGGUUUUUGUGCUGGACGACGGCGGGGAAGUAGACCUCGACCUGGGGAACUAUGAGCGUUUCCUGGACAUCCGCCUCACCAAGGACAAUAACCUGACCACCGGGAAGAUAUACCAGUAUGUUAUUAACAAGGAACGCAAAGGGGAUUACUUGGGAAAAACUGUCCAAGUGGUCCCUCACAUCACAGACGCAAUCCAGGAGUGGGUGAUGAGACAGGCAUUAAUACCUGUGGAUGAAGAUGGCCUAGAACCUCAAGUGUGCGUUAUUGAGCUCGGCGGAACAGUGGGAGAUAUAGAAAGCAUGCCCUUUAUCGAGGCCUUCCGUCAGUUCCAGUUCAAGGUCAAAAGAGAGAACUUUUGUAAUAUCCACGUCAGUCUGGUUCCUCAGCCAAGUUCAACAGGGGAACAGAAGACUAAACCUACCCAGAACAGUGUUCGGGAACUCAGAGGCCUUGGGCUCUCCCCAGAUCUGGUUGUGUGCCGGUGCUCAAAUCCCCUCGACACAGCAGUGAAGGAGAAAAUAUCAAUGUUCUGCCAUGUUGAACCUGAGCAAGUGAUUUGCGUCCACGACGUCUCAUCCAUCUACCGAGUCCCUUUGCUACUAGAGGAGCAGGGGGUCGUAGAUUAUUUUCUCAGAAGACUUGACCUUCCUGUUGAGAAGCAGUCACGAAGGAUGCUGAUGAAGUGGAAAGAGAUGGCUGACAGAUACGAUCGCUUGCUGGAGACAUGCACUAUUGCCCUUGUGGGCAAGUACACCAAGUUCUCAGACUCGUACGCCUCUGUCAUCAAAGCUCUGGAGCAUUCUGCACUGGCCAUCAACCACAAGCUGGAGAUCAAGUACAUCGACUCCACGGACCUGGAGCCGAGCACCUUGCAGGAGGAGCCCGUGCGCUACCAUGAAGCCUGGCAGAAGCUCUGCAGCGCCCAUGGAGUGCUGGUCCCUGGGGGAUUCGGCGUUCGAGGGACGGAAGGGAAAAUCCAAGCUAUCGCCUGGGCUCGGAAACAGAAGAAGCCUUUUUUGGGCGUGUGCUUAGGAAUGCAGCUGGCAGUGGUGGAAUUUUCAAGGAACGUGCUGGGAUGGCAAGAUGCCAAUUCCACAGAGUUUGACCCCAACACCAGCCAUCCUGUGGUCAUAGACAUGCCAGAGCACAACCCCGGGCAGAUGGGCGGGACCAUGCGGCUGGGCAAGAGGAGGACCCUGUUCCAGACCAAGAACUCCGUCAUGAGGAAGCUCUAUGGGGAUCCAGAUUACUUGGAAGAGAGGCACCGCCACAGAUUUGAGGUGAACCCAGUCUUGAAAAAGUGUUUGGAGGAGCAAGGCUUGAAGUUUGUUGGCCAAGACAUUGGAGGAGAGAGGAUGGAAAUCGUGGAGUUGGAAGAGCACCCCUUUUUUGUCGGGGUUCAGUACCACCCCGAGUUCCUGUCCAGACCUAUCAAGCCAUCCCCGCCGUACUUUGGCCUCCUCCUCGCCUCCGUGGGGAGGCUCCAGCAUUACCUCCAGAAAGGCUGCAGACUCUCGCCCAGGGACACGUAUAGUGACAGGAGCGGGAGCAGCUCCCCUGACUCGGAAAUCACCGAACUGAAGUUUCCAUCAGUAAAUCACGACUGAAGGGGUGAUUCUUCAAGAGAGUCUUCAGACUUUGGGAGUUUACAGCUUUGAUUUUACACUCAGCUUUUGACACUUCCUUUAAAUUAUGUUUUUAUUAAGAAUAUUUUAUUAUGGGGGAAAGGUGUGUGGAGGACUAUGUGACUCGCAUGUCCCGUCAUGUGCAUCGGCUCCUACACGGUGUGAGGCCUGGUGUUGGCGCUCUCCAUGUCAGUCCCCCAGCCUCAAACGAGAAGCAGGACAUCUGGGCAGGAGUGGGUGACAGACGGGGCUGGCUACCAGGAGUCUGGGUUCGAGAGCGCAGCCUGCCUCCCCAGGGAGGCCCAGAGCGAUGUAAAGAGUUUAACGCGGAGGGGGUUGUGGCUAACACGGCACUCGGUGCUGGCGACCUUGCCGCCAAGGGCAGUGACACCAGAAACAGCCUUGGCACUGCCCUGUGCCGUGGGGACUCUCCGUGCCCACUGUGGCUGGUACUCGUUCAAAGGGACGGCCAGUUUGCUGUCACACGAAGUGGCAGUAAGUCUGUGUCUCUGAAGCCCAAUUUUAAAUCCCUGCCCUCUGGCUGUGCUUCUCUCCUGGGGCUGGGAAACACUCCUUGCAUCAAGGGGUCGCUUAAAAAGGAACAAAGAAUUUGGGGGGAAGCUGCCUCUAAAACCCUCUCACAUAUAGACAGCUUUGCUUGAAGCGAUUCUUCCUUCCAGGGCGGCGUUACUGCGGUUGAAAGGCCAUAUGAAGCUCUAUUUUCUUCACUUGGUGUCAUGAUAGGCACUGCUGUGUGCCCAUUAUAUUCUGGCUGGACUUGUAUACUCUAACUUAAGAAAUAAAUAAUGCAGAACAAGA